AUGCUGCAAAGCCGCCGCUGCUUCGCCCUCGGGGCGGGGGCAGGUGCAAACAGCGCGCGCCAAGCGCCCGCAGCUGCAAAGCGGCUUUGCAGCAACCCCCGGGGCUUUGCAGCAACCCCCGGGGCUUUGCUGCAAGCGGCUUGCAGGCGGCUGCUUUGCAUUGUUGGGCGGGCCGAGGCCACAGCGCGCCGCGGCCGCGCGGAACGACCGCAGCAGCCCUCGGGAUUUGCAGCCUGCAGAGCCCGGGGGUCGCUGCAAAGCCGUGCUGCAGCCGCCGCAGCCGCGCGUCCUUGGCGCUUGGGGCUCUGCCCGUCCAAGCAACGCGAAGCGGCCGCGAGACGCCAGGAGAAAGACUACUGCUCCGGCCUCCAAGUCCCAUGGCCUCUCCUGUAUUUUCCUCCUGAGCUGAGAGAGACCGUGAGAGGCUACGAAGGCAUCGCUGGCUUGGAAAUGGAUGAAAUGCUAGUCCUCAAACCAGUGGACGUGUUGGAAGGACCAGGCAAGACCCCUCAUGUCCUCCAAACUGGGAGCCUCAGGAAAUUCUCCAAAAGGACACCAGCUCAGCAAAAGGUGAAACAGGAACCCAGUGAAGGCCUACUCCAGUGUUGGGAGGCUCAGUGGCAGCAGUUCCUGAAGGAAGUAGAGUCCCCUCACUCAGGAUGGGGAAUCCCGCAACUGCCAGAGGAGCCAACACCCUGGGACGAUGCCAAGGCUUUCUUGGCCUCCUUCGAGCAAGUGGCCGAAGCAUGCCAGUGGCCCAGAGGAGAGUGGGUGGCCCGCCUCCUGCCGGCACUCAGUGGGCAGGCUGAGUGGGCCUUCAGUGGCUUGAAUGUGGGGGACAAGGGAGACUACGGGAAGGUGAAGGCAGCCAUCUUGCGAGGGGAUGCCCUCAGCAGGGAGAAGCAGCGCCAGCACUUCCGGCGUUACUGCUACCAGGAGGCCGACGGGCCGAGAGGGGCUCACAGCCGUCUCCAGGAGCUCUGCUGUCGGUGGCUGAAGGUUGAGCGGCACACCAAGGAGCAGAUCCUGGAGCUGCUGAUCCUGGAGCAGUUCCUGACUAUCCUGCCAUCUGAGAUCCAGAGCUGGGUGAGGGAAAGUGGACCAGAUACCUGUUCCCAGGCGGUGGCCCUGGCUGAGGAGUUCCUGCAGAGGAAACAAGAAACUGAGAGGUGGGAGCAUCAGGAGCUGAUGCCAUUGGAGGAGGGAGCCGGGCGCUUUCCAGAGGCGGAGACUGCUCCGUUGGAUCCCAGCCAGGGCCAGCCCUGCAGGGAAGCCAAGGAGGAGAGAGACAGCGAUGGCAGCCUCUUAGAUUACAGCCAAGUGAAUGAUUGGCAGGAAAGACCUGGCCAAAUGGAAGCAGCCUUGGCAUGCCAAAGAAGAACUACUGGGAGCAGUUUGCAUGGUCCUGAGCCGGGAACCGUUUCUCAGAAUCAGCACAGACCAAAGAUUCAGCCAGGGAACCAUGUCAGAAACAGACUGCUGGUCUCCAUUUCUUCCAUGACAAACCAGAAGAUGCUCAGUGAAACUUCGUCGCUGCAGACGCAAAACCCAAGUGGGGCCUCAGUGGAAAACUCGGCCCUUUCCAAAGGAGACAGCAUCCCCAGUCAGGAGAAGCUCUACAAUAAAUGUUCCACCUGCGGCAAAACCUUCAGCCAGAGUUCCCACCUGAAUUUCCACCAGAGGACCCAUGAUGUGGAGAAACCCUACAAAUGUACACAGUGCGGAAGCAGUUUCCACUCACGCCAAGGCCUUAUUUACCACCAGCGAAGCCACGCAGGGGAAAAGCCGUACAAGUGCUCUUUCUGCGGGAAGACCUUCAGCCAGAGUUCGCACCUCCUCGUCCACAAGAGAAGCCACACGGGGGAAAAGCCCUUCAAGUGCCCAUCCUGUGGGAAGUGCUUCAGCCGCAACUCCCUUCUCACUAUCCACGAGAGAACCCACACGGGGGAGAAGCCCUACAAGUGCUCCCAGUGUGGGAGCCGCUUCCACUCUGGCUCUGGCCUGAUCAACCACAAGCGGAUCCAUGCCGGGGUGAAGCCUUACAAAUGUCUGGCCUGCGGGCGAGAUUUUAUCCGGAAAGCUCACCUCAUUCGACACCAGAGUGUUCACAGUGAUGACAAGGUCAGCACCUGAGG